UUCAGGAGAUUUGUCCUUUCCCCCUGCAGCGAGUGCCCUGUGUGCCACAGGAGCUGGGGACACGUGCCCAGGAGCAGUCGAGGAAUCCAGAAAAAUUCCAGGAAUCCACACGAGAACGAGGCUGCUCUGCAGUGGGAAGGACUCCGCGCUGCUGCCCGGAGCUGAUGGCAGACAAUGUCCACCACUAACAACAUAGCGCAGGCCCGCAAGCUGGUGGAGCAGCUCCGCAUCGAGGCCGGGAUCGAGAGGAUCAAGGUCUCCAAAGCAUCCUCGGAGCUGAUGAAUUACUGUGAGCAGCAUGCUCGGAAUGACCCGCUGCUGGUGGGAGUUCCUGCUUCUGAGAAUCCCUUUAAGGACAAAAAACCCUGCAUCAUCCUAUAGCUGCGGAUCCCUCGGGAAGGGAAUCCCCAUCCAGCCUCUGGAUCCAGGCUCCUCCACACCUCCACCUGCACCCAGGGGUAAAAACUCAACGCUGGCUUCAAACAGAACUUAAAAAUCCCGAGAAAAACAAAAAAAAGCCCGAAAAAAAUCCCCCAAAAAACACCCCAAAACCAUCCUGAAAACGUAAAUUUGGAAGUGGGGGUUUUUAGGGAAGGGGCGGCUGCUUCAUGGGGAGGAAAGUGGGAUUAGGGAUUGGAAUCAGGAUUUUAAAAUUUACCCAGGGUUGAGGGAGGAAAGGAAGGAGGGGGGGAUUUUUUAAUUGGGAUAUUUGGAUUUGGGAAAGGGGUGGUGGAGGAGGAGGUGGGGGGGUCAUUCCCAGUGGGAUGUGAGAGCUGGACCUGGAUCCAAUCAGAGCCAAAUCAGCAGGAAUUUCCUCUGGAGAAGGGGUGAGGUGGGAAUAAUUUUGUAGAAAAUCAGUACAAAAAAAAAA